AUGGAUGUUCUCAGCACGGAUCCCCUUGGCAUCCUGUCGAUUCUUGGUUUUGAUGGUUCCGGUAAGACUGACUUGAUGGCUACGACAAUCCUGCUUGCGAUAGGUGUAAGACCUGUCAUUGUCUGCACACCGACCCACGCUGCUGCCAGCAAUAUUGCCGCGCGUGUGAACAAGCUGGCUUCCCUCGCCUACGGGAAAGUCAAGGAGCCAAUGCCGGUUGUCGUCCGAGGAUUCUCGUGGAAGGUGGAUGAGCUAUGUGGCAAGGCCUAUGCCCUGGGAGAAGGACCGAGAGUCUUCAAGCCAGCGUUGUACAAGCUGGCCAAAGACGUGGAGAAGGACACCAAGAUCAUGAAUCUCAAGGACACCCUCCAGAAACGAAAGGGUUGGAAUGUUGAGCAUAGCCAGACCUUCCGAGACCUUGCCACCCGGAUACUGCAGGUCGCUGAUGUUAAGAGCUGGACAGGCGGCCCUCUCAACUUAUUCAAUAAGCAUCAAGAGAUCUCGGUUCUGGAGUGCGUAAUGCGCAUGCAAUGGCCGUGCUGGAGCUCACAGCGUCAGGACCGUAUCGUCAAUGGGGGGUUCGAUCUGGCAAGGGAGAUCUUCUACCCGGAGCUUGGCGACAAGUUUAAAUACGGCGACCAAUGUGCCGUUGGCAAACGACCCGGUGCUCCUCAACUUGAAAGCUGGGUACGUCGGCAAUUCCCCGAAAUCAAGUCCUCUCUAACGGGAAAGAUCUGGCCCGUCUUCAUCAACUGCCUUCAUACGGCAGUGAGAACCAUUGACACUUCCCGUGUCAACUACGGGCAGGCAGAGAUAGCGUUGGCGCUGAUGGAGACGCUCACCAAGGCGCAUGGGACCAAGUUUGUGGUGGUUUCGCCCUACAGGGCCACCAAGGCCAACCUCGAGGGGCUUAUGGGGCAGCGGCUGGAUAAGAGCACCAAGGACUCGGCCCUUUACAAGGGUAUUUCUAAUGCCGAGGUCAGCGCCGCCGACUCCUUCCAGGGCAAGAAAGCAGACGUGGCAAUCUUCUUGACUACGGUGACCAAGGAGUCCGGCCCAGGAUUCGUCAUAGAUGCUCGGCGAUUCAACGUUGGUGUAACCCGCCAUGUCGACUUUCUGUUUGUGGUUGGUGACAUCACUACGAUGGACCCCGUCUAG